AUUCAUCAAUAACGUAAAUCUAAAAUCACAAGCUUUAACCAACUCAAUUCCAACACAAGACAUCACAAAAUUCAAACCAUAAAACGUAAGAUACAUUUAAAAAUUAUAGUUACUAGUUUAACUCUCUCCAUCUUAAAAUAAAAAAGAAUAGGAUACAUUACCAUUUCUGGCUCUGUUCUCAUCUGAAUGUAAAAGGAAAUUUUGACCUUCCCCACUAUUUCCUUGCUCAUCACACUAGACAACCAUUACAGAACUUGAAUAAAAGUUAAAACUUCAAAAAAUAGAAACAAAAAUAAGAUAAGAAUAAAAGAACAAUGUAAACCAUACUCUUUGCUCCAUCUCCUUGCUAUUACAGCUGUGUUUACCCUUUUCUUGAUUUAAACUGAUUCAUUAAGCUGCAAACAGAAAACAUGGAUUAACAUAAAUCAUGAAUUGUUAUGCAUAAACAACAAAGUCCCAAAAUAACUUAAUAAUAAUCUAAAUAUGCUAUACCGUGUUUAUUGAAAAAUACUCAUAGUUAACUCAAUUUAUGCUUCUUUAUAUAACAUAAGGAAAACCAAAAGCACUUCUUGUUCUGUAACUGAGGAAAUCGGUAAAAUAAAUAAAGAAAUAAAGAAAAAACCAAACAAAACAAAUACAAUGCCAAGUUCUUUUUUCUUUUUUUUACAAAACCAAAGUUCCUUCAGUUCUAUGACUUUGAGCAACUCAGAUAGAAACCAAAGCAAAUGCAAAAAUGGGUCUUUUAACAGUUUCCUCUUCUUCAUCUGAGUUUGCAAGCAACAUACGCAUUGAAGGUUUCCAUCAACUUCAGAAAUUAAAACAAAAAUAGAGAAGAGAAAGAGAAAGAAGAAAAUAGAAAGGAACGAAAUGCAGUAAAAAAAAUUAAAAAAAAAAUAGAAAAAAAAGUAAAAAUGAAAUGAAGAUACAGUAUAAAUGAAUAAAAAAAAAAAUCGUAAUAAAGAAGAUUUUGUCUAUGUAAUUUCGUCAUAUUAGAUAUCAUAGUGAAAGUGUAGCAUGACCAUGCAUGGCCCACCAUGUUACAUGCUUUUCUCUAAUGAUUAAUGCCAGAUUGAGGAACAGUGACCCAGCAAACUGUUAUUCGUUUUUCUGGCCAAAAUGAUCUUUUAAGUUGAGACCCUCCUGUAAUUAGCAUGCAUGUUGCCACGCACACAAGUUAUUUCACACACUCCGUCUUCUUUGCAAAUUCCAACUUGUGCAAGAUUUUCUACUCUCUUUUAAUGCCAAAAUUAGCAAAUCACACAGUGUAGGAAAAACAAACUUGCUAUGGACAUACCAUUAAAAGCCCUACAAAACAUGAACCAAAAAAAGAAACCUGGUCCUCAAUUUUCCCAUCAACCCAAGAAACUAACUCCCUCUCUCUCUCUCUCUCUCAUCAAGACAGCAUUUCUUGCAAUAUUUCCUUCAAUUCCCAUCGUCUUCUAGUCCGGUCGGCUCGAACCAUGGCCCAAGCCUGUGGUUUGCUGCUAUGGGGCUUUUGUAUGGUGAUGGUGUCAACCAAUGUUCUAUCAGCUGUUCUACCGGGUAUAGGGGUGAACUGGGGGAACAUAGCAUCCCACCCAUUGCCUCCUGACAUAGUGGUUAAAAUGUUAAAAGACAAUAACAUUAAUAGGGUUAAACUUUUCGAUGCUGAUGCCUGGACUGUAAAUGCCUUGGCUGGUUCAGGCAUUGAGGUUAUGGUUGCCAUCCCAAAUAACAUGUUACAAUAUAUUGCCGAUAGUGUGGAUAAUGCCAAAGAUUGGGUCAAAGAAAAUGUUACCGAAUAUCUUAGAGGCCAAGGUGGUGUUGACAUAAGAUAUGUGGCUGUUGGAAACGAACCCUUCCUGGCAUCCUACAAUGGAUCAUAUGACAAAACUACAUUCCCAGCUCUGCAAAACGUCCAAAAGGCACUUGAUGAAGAAGGAGUUGGUGACAAGAUCAAAGCGUCGGUACCCUUAAAUGCUGAUGUUUAUGAAGGGAACUUACCAUCACAAGGCAAUUUCCGUAAGGAUGUAAGGGAUGUCAUGACCAAAAUUGUACACCACCUCCAUGACCAUAAAGCUCCGUUUAUUGUUAACAUUUACCCUUUUAUUAGUCUUUACCAAAGCUCUAGUUUCCCCUUCGAAUACGCUUUCUUUGAUGGCGGAGGCAAAAAGAUCCAAGACAAGAAUGUUACGUACACAAAUGUUUUUGAAGCUAACUAUGAUACCCUUGUUUGGUCACUAAAAAAGGCUGGCGUUCCUGAUCUCAAGAUCUUGGUUGGUGAAGUUGGUUGGCCUACAGACGGUCACGUUUAUGCCAAUGCCAACCUAGCCAAGAAAUUCUACGACGGGCUCCUCAAAACAUUAGCUGCCAAGAAAGGAACUCCGCUCCGACCAGGCGUUUUAGAUGUGUAUCUUUUUGGCCUGCUGGAUGAGGACAUGAAGAGCAAUCUUCCGGGGAACUUCGAGAGGCACUGGGGAAUAUUUCGCUUCGACGGACGACCCAAGUUUGCUAUGGAUUUUUCCGGACAAGGAAAUGACAAGAUGCUUAUAGAAGCCAAGGGGGUUCAAUACUUACCUGCAAAAUGGUGUGUGCUAAAUAAAGAAGUUGAGAGCAAGAGUAUGAUACCAGCUGAGAUAUCGUAUGCAUGUUCAUUAGCAGAUUGUUCGAGUUUGGCAUAUGGAUCUUCUUGCAACAAGUUGGAUUCUGAUGGAAAUGUUUCCUAUGCUUUUAAUAUGUAUUUUCAAAUGAAUAAUCAAGAUGUUCAGGCUUGCGAUUUCAGUGGACUGGCUACCAUUGUUACCCAAAAUGCCUCGCGGGGGACUUGCCUUUUUCCUAUUCAGAUUGUGAGCCAUGGAGACAGACUAAUGUUGGGAUACUGGGUGACCAUUUUUGCUGGAUUUGUAGUAUUGCCAUUCUUCAUUUAAUGUAAUCUUCACCACAAUAUCUUGAUCUCAAUUGAAAAGAGAAAAAUUGACAGUUUGA